GAUUAGUUUGCAAAUAGCAGAGUUUUUACAGAUUAAAAUCCUCAUAGCAUUUUUAUCGAACUUAGUGAAGGAUAAGAAACAAGCAUGAAUAAUACACUUGUAGCAUCAGACAGCGAGGCCAAUGCGUUACCACCAGAUCAAAUUGCAGAACUUGUGUUGCGAAUUAUUUUCUAUACUAUUGGAACAAUCGGAAAUCUUCUCGUACUAGUAGUUAUACUAGUUUUUAAGGAUUACAAGAAAAAUGCAAGUUGGUACGUUUUACAUCUUGCCAUUGCUGAUCUACUUUUUCUUCAAACGAUACCGAUCAACUUAUCAGGAAUGGUGAAAGAUAAUUGGAUCUUUCCAGUAUGGGUCUGUAAGCUUGUGCAGGCUAUGUUAUUCUUGAACUACUACGCUUCGAUUAUAUUUCUGACGGUCAUGGCAGUGGACCGAUACCUUGCUAUCUGCCAUGUUUUCUCAACCCGAGCAGACAAACUAAGAUCGCGUUCUAUUACUUACAUAGUAACAUGUGUGUCGUGGAUUGCUGCCUUGCUACUUUGUAUUCCUUCCAUGUUGUACAGCGAUACAGUCGGAAUCCAGCCAAACUGUCUAUGCACGUUCAACUUUCCACGAGACAAAAGAGUGUGGUGCCAGGACCAUGCAUUUGAAGAUAUGAAUUUAUGUAUGAAUGAAAUAUUUCCAAAUGUGUUUCAAGAAUCCUGCGUAGAGGUGUUUGAUGAAAACAAUUUGUAUGAAUUUGGAAGUGGUACGGAUAUCUUUAGCGGUUUUUUUGAAAUGGAUGACAAUUUUGGAUCUGAUCCAUUCACCGAUAUACUGAACCAAACUACACUUGAAUCUGAUGUCCCGGUCGAAACUGUAGAAAUUAUUCAUCCUUCGUGCAUGUACAAUCCUGAACAGUUUGGAUGGAAGAUAUUCACUUACGUGAAUUUCUAUAUCAUGUUUUUGUUGCCUUUAUUGGUUAUAUCGUUCUGUUAUCUCUCCAUUAUAUGGGAAAUGAAGAAGGGAAGUAGAAUAGCAUCAUCAAACUCGGAUCGUAGGGACAGCGAGAGAGUGAAAGUUAUCUUGAUUUGUGGUCUAAUAGUCAUUCUUUUCGUUGUUUGCUGGCUUCCUUUUCAUGCAGUGCAUUUGGCUAAACUUGUGGGCAUUAGUGGUAGCGAAGAAUUGUGCAAAGGACUCAGCACUGCGACGACGGUGCUUGCCAUUGCUAAUUCAGCUCUUAAUCCGUUCCUCUAUUCCUUUAUAGGCAAAAACUUUCGGGCUAAACUGAGGGGUGUUGGAAACAUGAUCGGAGGGGUAUCUGUACACGAAGAAACAUCUUCAAGUCUAAGGCCUAGCAAUCAGGAGACUGCAAACACAACAGCAAUUUAAUUCUACUUAUUUUGUAUAUAAACUUUACUCUAGAAUUAACAUCCUUUUAUAUUUGUAGUAUAGAAACUCAGAACAAUUUUUUUUUUUGCAUUACAGUAAGUGUACAAUAAAAUUAAUUUAGAAAUUUA